GACAACGACCACAAAGUCGUCCCAAGCGCGCGACUUGCAACUCGACACAUUCAACCACCACCAUCACAAUGGCGUCGGCAUCGUCGUCCAAGCGGAUGGAGCUGAACCCGCGCGGUAUCCCCCGCGCUCCCUUCGUCGACAAUGUCGAGGAGUACGUCGGGGGCAAGGACGCCGACGUCGAGAGCGUGAUCAAAAAGUUCCAAGAGACGAGCGCGAAAUACCGCUACAUGGAGCUCAACCUGCAGCAGCGGCGCAAGGCUUUGCUGGCCAAGAUCCCCGACAUUGAGCAGACGCUGAGCGUGGUCAACUUUCUCGCCGCGCGGCGGCGGAAGGCGGCGGGCGAGGCCGAGCCUGAGGAGGACGAGGCAAAGGACUCGGACGACGAACUCGACGACCUGCUUGAUGGCGACGAGGACGAGGACAAGAAGGACGAGCCCCUCACGACCCUGUUCGAGCUCAACGACACGCUGUUCGCGCAGGCGCAGGUGAACGAGACGGGCGAGGUCGGCCUGUGGCUUGGUGCCAACACCAUGCUCAUGUACCCCCUCGCCGAGGCGUCCGAGCUGCUGUCGGGCAAGCUGUCGUCGGCGAAGAAGUCGCUCGCCGACGCGGUCGAGGACCUCGAGUGGAUCCGCGAGCAGGUGACCGUCAUGGAGGUCAACUUUGCGCGCGUGCACAAUUGGGACGUCAAGCGCAGGCGCGACCGCCGCGAGCAGGAGAGCCUCCUCACGGGCGGCAAGGACGACGAGAGCGACAAGGAGUAGCGCGGCGGCGGCGACAGCAGCGGCGUCGACGGAGGCGGCACCACACAUCAUGCAUAUAUGCCAAGGUACUGGCGCUUCAAGGGUCGCGGACUCUCCCCCUCAGGCCGCCUCGUGCAGACUGACGCACUCACGCCCCAC